UUACGAAUUCGUAAGUCUAUGGCACGAUGGCUGUCAAUUGAGUUAUAUUUUAUUACUAGAAAAUAAGAAAAUAAUGAAUUCUGUGCACAUUAAAAUAAUAUUUUCGUGAAUAAUGUACAUUUUAUACAAUUUUAAUCUAGAUGUAAGUGAUGCAAUCGUAUACCACUAGUUGAAGCCACAUAGCGAUGUUUAGUAUAAAAACUAACUGAGUUUCGACGAUGGCGUCUGACGGAGAAAUUUCCUCUACGAAUGAUCCCAAUUUCGCCGUAAUCUACUCGUUUUUGAAGGUUUUCGGGAAAUUGUACGGGCUAGAAAUACCGUCAAUAUCAAAAUUACAGCAGCUCGUAGAUAAUACGGAGGAAGUUCCGGAGCCGCUGAAGGAGCUGCACCUGCGGCUGCUGCGGCGCGCGCUGAAGUCCGUGCAGAGCAACCGCUGGGAGCGCUGCCUGAUCAAGUUCUGCCACCAGCAGGGCCACCACCAGGAGGCGUGGGAGAUCGAGCGCUUCUCCUACAAGAAAGCCAGCACAGAGGUCAAACUAAAGACCCUCAAGAUUCUUCUUGAGUACCAAUUCACAUGCCACGCAAAGUUCAAGGCAGCGGUCAAUGCCCUGUCGUGUAAGGAGCUCCGGUUGGACCCCAUCGGACGGGACAAGCACGGCUGCGUGUACUGGCUUCAGGUGGACGAUGAGGCUAACCUCUGUAUGUAUCGGGAGGACCAGGAUGAGGAGACUUGGCAGUUAAUAGCGAGAAAUCGAGAAGAGCUAGUCAAAGUAAUAGGACAAUUGAAAAAUGGAGAAGAAAUUUGCCCCUCUACUGUGUCUAACACCAAUGAGGACUCCAACAGUACUGAAAUACCUGCAACUGAGGCAACUGAGAAAACCAACAAACAACCCGAAGAAGAAAACGAGGAAUUCCUAAGCCCAGAGUCUGAGUCGGAACAUGAUGAAGAUGAAUCUAAAGCUGAUAAGAAACCCCCUCCCACAAAAGCUGAUGAUAGUAAUAACAAAGAAGAAAAAACAGUAGAUAACAAAUCAGUAGAAGAAAGUGAAAAAACUGAAGAUUCUAAAACAGAAGAACAAAAAGUUGAAGAUGUAAAGGUAAAAGAACCUCCCAUAGAAGAUAAAAAUAUAGAAGAGAAAAGUGAAGAACCAUCAGCGCAAAUAUCAGAAAAGGCUGAAGAUUCAGAAAAUCAGCAGUUGGAAGAAAAAGACGACAAAAACGAAGAAAAAGUAGAAUCUGAUGUUGCUGAACAACCUCAAAUCGGUACAGACAGCAAAAAAUCUCCAGAACGUGAAAAGACGCCUGAGAAUCCUCCAAGUGAGGAAACCAAAAUAAAGGAGACAGAUGAGGUGAGUGAGGCAAUAGAAGAGCCAGUCAUGGUUGUCACAGGGGAAGGCAGCGGAGCCGAUUGUGAGAGCUCAUACUUUAUAGGUGACGAAAUAUCCGAACCUGUCAUGUAUUUUUAUGGAGAAGGUUGUGGUUAUGAUAAUGAUACCGGAAACCCUGAAGUAUUAGAAGAAGUCAACACAGCGCAGCAUAACUCAGAUGAGGAGAAUGACAAUGAAGAAUGUGUCAAUGGUGAACAUUCUAACUCUAAUGAUAUCCCUAACUCUAGUAAAAGCAAAUUAGUUAAAAAUGUUAAGUUAAAAAGUAGUCAUCCUACUGUAAAUAAACGAUCUUUGAAGAAGCAAUCUAAUGAUAAUUCUGAAGUUCUAAAACCAGAUUCUAAGAAACAUUGUAUUAGAAAACUUAACAGAUCAGACAGUAUGAAAUCAAAUUCAAGCAAUAAUGACAAUGACUUGAAAAGGGAAAGCAGUGUGAAUGACAAAACCACAGAUAGUGAAAGUCCGAACAAAAACAAUGUGAAAAAAACUAGAGGUAAGGUAAAGAAGAAACCUGAAGUAGCGAGGAAAUUAAAGUUAAAUCAGAAGAAAGAGUCUCCUGCAUCGGACACUGACAAUUGUAAUGAUAGUAAAGCCAGUAUUAUAGAAAAGAGGAAAAACAGUGUGUCUUCAGAUCAAGACGUAGUUGAUCAUACAGAACAGGAAAAGGAAGGAAGCCCGGAUCACGAGGCAAAGCCCGACGACGAUCUACCUCCAAAAAAAUUACGCUUAGAACCUAGUAAGGACAUUGAAGUAUCACAUCCCAAAGAUACUCUAGACAAUGUAAAUAAAGACGAAGCUAAAGCCGAAAACAAUGAAAAUAACGACAAUCUUAAUAAAGAGCAUGUAGAAAAAGAUCCUAUAGCCAUGAGAAAGAAAAUUAAAGCUAACAAAGGAAAGUUUAAAAGAAAAAAGAUACUACAGAAUAAGGUAGAUAAUAGUGAUGUAGAAAAGAGUAAUAGUAAGGAGAAGAGUAAGUCUAAGCCUUUAAAGAGAUCGCUGUUGGACGCGACGCACAGUGACAGGAACAAGUCAGAAUCUCAAAGUGAAAGUGAGGACGAUAUGCCCAUCACAAGUGGCAAGAGGUUGAAAAUUAAACCCAAGAAAAUUAUUACAACAUCCAGAAAAAAAGUUGAAGCCAAACUGCUUGAGAAAAAAUCUAGUGACGAUUCCGAAGAAGAAACACUGUACAGUAUAGCAGGUAAAAAGACCGGCAAGAAAGUCCUAAAAAAGAAGCCAAAAGGCAAGGAGAAGGCCAAAGAAAAGGAGACUGCGGACGACUCGGAUGCGACGCCCGUCCGGCAGUCGCGCCGGAUCGCACAGCAGAAGAUUAAAGAGGAAGCCGACAGGAGGCAUCAGGAGGAAGUUGCGCUUCGGGAGAUGAAGAUGAUCCAUAAGAAGAAGGGCGUGGACGAGGACUCGGAGGAGUGGCGCGCGUCGGGCAGCAGCUCGGGCUCGCCGGUGCGGAGGCGCGCGCGGGCGGGGGCGGGGGCGGGGGCGGGGGCCGGGGCGGGCGGGUGGCGCGCGCAGGACUCCAGCGACCCCGACUCCGAGUCCGACCGCGACGAGCUCUCCGACCGCCCCGAGCCUGACCUCGAAUUCGGCAAAUCAGACCAUGAGUUCUCUCCGGAAUCCGACCUUGAGACUGGGGAACCGAGCGAGCCUCUAAAAAGGGCCAGAACGUUGCAGGAAGGAGCGGAUGAUGGGUUCUGCAAGCACUGCGGCAGCGGCGAGCAGCCGGAGUGGAUACUUUUGUGUGACCAGUGCGACGCCGGAUAUCACGCGUCGUGUCUCAAGCCCAUGUUGUUCCUCGUGCCGGAGGGCGAUUGGUUCUGUCCACCGUGCAAUCAUGCGAUGCUAAUAUCGUCUCUAGAGAGCGAGCUAGUGAAAUACGACGAGCUGGUGGUGAGCGUGGAGGCCGAACGGGCGCGGAUUAAAGAACAAGAACUUUUGAAGAAACCGCCUUCCGUCAAGAGCGAGAAGGGAGAAGAUUCGGACAGCGGAAGCGGCAGCGCGAGCGACUACUCAUCAUCAUCAUCGACGGGCGCCGUGUACCGCCUGCGCGCGCGCCGCCAGCUGCCGGUCAGCUAUCGUGCGCAGGAGUACGACCGGCUCAUCAGCUCCGCUAUCAAGGAGGAAUACGUGGAACCGACAACGAGUGCGGGCAACCAGGGGCGAGGCAAGGACAUCUCGACCAUCAUAGAGGCCGCUGAGGAGGAGAAGCUGAAGGCCGAGCGAGAGGAGGCCAUCGCAUCGGGUAAACCAAUAACGGAGAUCCGCAAGAAAAAGAAGCAGCGACGGAAACAGCGCAAACUCAACUCCUUAGAGGUCGUGUCCGAGGACGACGACGAGACCGAUGAGGACUUCAAGGACACCGGCAUGGAUUCAUCAUCGGAAGACAUGUCUUCGUCCGCCGACCGCGACAGCUCGGGGUCCCGCUCGUCCGACUCCUUGCCCAUACGCCGCGCUCAACGCGCUGAUAAGAAAGAUCGUCCGAAACUCCGAGAAUCUUCGCCGGAAGUGAAGAAGAAGAAGGGAGAGUUCGCCGGCAGCUCCAGCGAGUCCAGCGGCGCUAAGGAGUGGCCGCCGAAGAAUAAAUCAAAAUCCAAAUCGCGAUACAGACGCGAGAAACGCGAGAAGCGUGAGAGGCGCGACAAGUCCCGCCCCUCGAAGCCGAAGAAACCGCGAGGCCUACAGCAGUACGACGCCGACGGCAACGUCAUCCGGCCUCGCGUCACUUACGGAGGCCUCAGCGACUCGCCCAACGACUGGUCGCCUAAACACAGGACGAGACAGAAGAAGAUUAAUUAUACGGAGAUGCCUAACACUGAAUCUGAAGAUGAAAUGCAUAAAGGCAGCGGCAAGCACAUGCCGGACAGCUCGGACGAGUUCAAGGUGACCUCCUCGUCCAGCUCCGACUCCGACCGCCCCGCCGACCCCAACCAGAGGACCCUGAGUGACCUCAUCAAGACCGCAGUCGUGCCGCUUGAGAAACUACCUGAUGACGUCACUAAAGCGAAGGAGGAGGAGCUGCAAGCGCAUCUCAGUAAGUUAUACGCGCAGGCGCAGGCGAGCGCGAGCGCGACGGAGGGGAGGCCGCUGCGGGGCAAGGGCAGCCGCGGAGGGAGGGGGAGCAGGGGUCCGCGCGGCCGCGGAGGGGGCGGGGGCGGGGGCGGGGGCCGGGGCGGGGGCGGCGCGGGGGGAGCGGGGGCGGGGGGCGCCGACGACGCGCUCGCCAAGCUCGUCGGCGUCAAGAUCAAAGAUCUAAGCCAAGAACCGAUCAAACCCAAUCAGAUUGAAAGAGAAAAGAAACGCCAAGAGCGCGAAGCCAAACUAGCAGAGAAAGAAGCCAAACGGAUGGAGAGAAUACAAAAGAAGGAAGAGAAAGAGAAACUAAAAGAACUAAAGGCGAAAGAGCGAGAGGAAAAGAAACUAGCGAAGAUAGCGCUGCAGGAGAGCAAGCGGGUGAAAAAGGAAAAGCCAGAAUACCCAAUAUCCGGCCCAGUGGGUUACAACGUUAGACCAGACAUGCGGAUGAUGUACCCGGGCAUGAAGCAUCCGGAUUACCCAGGUCCCGGCCCGAGUCCGGGUUCCGACCAGCAGCAAAGGUUCCCUACACAGCCGAGGUUACAGGUGCGGGCGGAGCUGCGGGGCGUGCCGGUGGCGGGCGCGCUGGCCGCCGACAGCCUGAGGGAGGGCACACUAUCCGUAGCCGGCUCCCCGCAGCCUUUCAAGCCGGUCAGCGAAGAACCCAGCGUCAUCACGCGCAUGCCGCACAUGAUGAACCAAUACAGAGGUCCGAUGAUGUACCCGGGCGGGGGCGGCGGCGGGGUCGGGGGCGCGGGCGGGGGGUCGCCGUACGGUCCGCGGCCGCAGAGCAUGAUGUACGUGCCGCACCCCGGCCUGCCGCCGCGCCAGUACCCGCCGCACUACUACCGCCUCGCGCCCUACCGCCUGCCCGACGCGCAGCAGCCCCCCGGCCACGGCGUCUCGCACCUGGCUCUCGGGCCCCGGCUGCUGGGGACCGUCGGGCCCCCGUCGCACCACGGGCCGUCGGGCUCGCCCUACAGGUCGCCCGGACCUCACGGCCCCCCCGGGUCGACCCAUGGGCCCCCGGGCCCUCACGGGCCGCCGGGAUCGUCCCGUGGACCUCACGGGCCCCCCGGGUCGACCCAUGGCCCGCCGGGAUCGUCCCAUGGACCUCACGGGCCCCCCGGGUCGACCCAUGGCCCGCCGGGAUCCUCCCAUGGGCCUCACGGGCCCCCGGGCUCGUCGCACGGGCCGCCAAGAAAUUCUCACGGACCCCCCGGAUCGUCUCACGGGCCGCCCGGCGCCCACGGUCAACCCGGAGCGCCCCACGGCCCGCCCGGACCUCACGGCCCCCCGGGCUCGUCCCACGGGCCUCCCGGACAUCCCAACGGCCCGCCGGGUGGCCACGGACCCCCGGGACCUCACGGCCCGCCCGGGUUCUCCCACCGACCGCCGGGACCGCACGGGCCGCCUCCCUCAUCUCACGGACCCCCUCAUGGGCCACCGAAUUCCUCGCACGGACCUCCGGGCCCGCCGGGCUCCUCCCACGGGCCGCCGGGGCCCCGCGGCCCGCCCGGAUCCCACCACGGGCCGGGGCCGCACCCCCCGGUGUCGGCGCACGGCCCCCCGCACGGGCCGCACCCGAGUGCGCUGCACGGGCUCCUGCGCGCCGGCCCGCCCGUGCAGCUGCAGGGCGCGCGCGGCCCGGUGAGGCUCGCCGGCCCGCACGGCCCGCCCGGCACGCCGUCCCCCGGCCCGCCUCCCCCCGCCUCCCCCGGCUCCCUCCCGCCCGGGCCCGGCUCCAACUCCACGACCCCGCCCGCCAAGGAGCCCCCGCUGAAGAUCAAAGCCGAGGUGAAGACCGAACCCGAGUACCACUCGCCGGUGCAGUCUCCGCCGCGCGUGUCCCCCGAGCCGCCGCGCCACCCCAAGAUGAAGGUCACGGACAAUAAGGAGCGUCGCCCGCGCUACCCGCUCGGGCCGUACGCGCCGCAGUACGGCCCCUACGGCCCGUACGCGCCGCCCGCGGAACAGCCGCUGCUCCUCCGCGGCCCCUCCCCGCUGCAGCGCAUGCAUCAAAACCUCCACCAGUUUUUACCGGAGAAACCUGAGCCGGCGCGAUCGCCGCGGGCCGAGGCGCCGCACUACCUCCCGAUGCUGCGGCCGGGCGCUCCGCCGUACAACAUUCCGUUGAUGAGAGCGCCCAGUCCGGCCGCGCCGUACUACCCGGGGCCGGACAUGCGGCAAGAGAAACCUCCGCCUACCCCGCCGCCGGACAAACCUUCACCUGCGGAAGUCCCCGCCCCGCCACCUCUGGCCUCCGUGCCCGCCGCCGCCCCCGUGCCCCUCUCCAUGCCCGUAAGGGCCCCGGAGCCGAUGGCUGUCCCCCCGGCGCCCAUGGAGGAAGCCCCCGAGCCCCCCAAGGGCCCCGACUUCGUGAAGACCGAGCCCCCGUCCGAGCCGCAGGGCAGCGUGUUCGGCGGCCUCGUCAGCUACUUCUCGAGCCAACGCGAGGACGAGCUCGACGCGUAGCGACCUGUACAUACUCUAUAGUGAUCUAUUUAUAUAUCGAUUCGAUAUUACGUUUGCGUAAUUAGCAGAUUAAGUUGAGGACUUUUUGGUCUCGAAUAAAAUGUAUUAUUUCCGGUUAUGUUUAAGUGAGAUUUAUUUAUACAGAGUCGAUAAGUACUUACAUGUAUCUCUAAAUACGAAUUUUAUUAUAGAAUCAAAUCGAUUAUUUCUUUUUGCAAAAUAAAUGUUUUCUCCUACAA